AUGCUCAAGAGUGAAUCAUCGGAUGUUGUAAAUAAUACAGCCUACAGUCAAAAUAUUUCUUGUUUGUCUUUGCCCUUUUUUCUAGAAUGUAGCUCAGCACAUAGUGAAAAAGAUGAAUUACGACAAGAAUUAAUUGAAUUAGGGUUAAUUCAAGUAAACUUAUUUACAGAUGAUUUGGAACCUUCGGAAUUAAAACUUGCUAUCGAUGAUAUUAAGAGUUUCACAAAUGAGUGGUUAGAAACUCAAAAUUUUAAUUAUACUGAGAAGGAAUAUUCCUCUAACGAUGAGGUUGUUUCUUUUUCUUUUGAAUUGAGUGAUAUUGAAAAUAAAUCAACAGAGACUUUUAAUAAUAAAUUUCAAUUUGAAGAAAAGGCAGUAAAUUUUAAUGAACAAUUCUACACGUCAUCUGAAGAAGAGAUACUAGAUUUUUUUCAUAGGAAAGACGUUGACAAAGUCUUUCCUUCCAAGAAGAAAAAAAAUACUUCAUUUUACGUUUACCUUAAAAGACAAAAGACAAAACAAUAUCGAGACUCGGAAUCCGUUAAAUCUAAUUUCAUUGCUAAUUCGAUUUCAACCAAAAAUAGCUGUCAAGAAGUAGAUAAGAAGCUUAAUUGUAUUGAACAAGUUUUAAAUAAUUAUAAAAAUUUAGACUUUAGAUUAUAUCAUUUUAUUUCAAACUCAAACUCUAACAAUCCUCAUCAAAUAAAAGAAGCUAAAAAAAGAUGUUUUAGAAAAUAUAGUAAACAACAGAGUUCUUAUUGGAAGCAACAAAGAAAAUUAAAUAUACAAAAUAAUGUAAUAAAAAUACCACAAUUUGAUUCAAAAAAUGUUUUAGAGAAUAAUAUAAAUAUUCUAAAAAUGGCUAAUUUAAAUAAUAUUUUAUCUUUUUCCACCAAUAGAUAUGGAAACUUGGAAUUUUUUACCAUGGCCCAAAUUCAAGACCCAAAUGUAUUUAAUAUGAACUAA